GCGGGGGAAGGCGGCUCCGCCGGGGUCCUGCGGGGCGAAGCCGCCGUUGCCGAGGAGACGCGUCCCGGCCGGUGCGGGUGAGCGGAGCGGCCCUGGAGCGACGGCGACAACGCGGAGGCGAUGGCCGGGGCUGGAGGCGACAACCCCGGCCGACGGAGCUCUGGGCGGGGCGGACGGGGCGUGUUUCCGGCCAGCUCAGCAGCCGCCUUCCGCUCCACCGCGAAGAGCGCCGGUGGCUGCGGAGAGGCCGCGCCGAGCCCCGAGAACAGCAGGGCCCCGCCCGGGAGCGUGCAGACUGCUGCGAAGAGGAACGGGAAGAAGCCGGAGAAGCGCCGCCGCCAUGCUGAGCGUGUUCCGCUCCAUCCCCACGCAGAUGGUGAUGUGGUCAAGCCUGCAGAGGAGGUGUUUUCAGCCACUGACUACAAGGGCCAAAAAUUAGCAGAACAGAUUUUUCAAGGAAUCAUUCUUGUCUCUGCAGUAAUUGGUUUCAUCUACGGGUACAUCACUGAACAGUUUGGAUGGACUGUCUACAUAGUUAUGGCUGGAUUUGCUUUAUCAUGUUUGCUGACACUCCCUCCGUGGCCCAUGUACCGUCGCAAUCCCCUCAAGUGGCUGCCUGUCCAGGAGUCAGGCACAGAAGAGAAGAAGGCAGCAGACAGGAAGCCAAAGAGACAUUCUAAAAGCUAAAAAUUAUGGUUUCCAGGUUGUUACUUUGUUAAUUUUUGUUAAAUUAAUUUCCACUGAGAAAUACUUCUUUGGCUUAGUGUUUGGGUUGUUUUUUUUUUGUUAGUACUUUGUAUACAACCAAGCUCUGCAGGGAGCAUGAAGGCUGGACAUUUGGUCUGGAGUUUCAGGGAAGUCCUUGGGAAUACAGGGAAGGGGGGGAUUAACUUCAGAAGGCUACUGGCGGUCACACCUCAAGUAUUUCACCAAAAAGGAACAAAGUGAAUCAAAUGAAUUCUAGUUAAUCUGUUGCCAUAGCUGAAAAGAUAAUAAACAGCUGGAUUUCUACUGAAAUAUUUCUAACUGUGUGUAAAACAAGCUGUCAGUAGUGCCUGGUUGUAACAAAUACUGUGAAAUGGUACAUACCCCACAGACCUGAAAACAACUGUAUAGAGGGCCAGUUUUUGUUUAAAAUAAAUUUCCCUUGGAAAAACAAG